GUAUCAAUGGGCUGACUGGGCUUCAGUGGAGACUGAAGAGUUACUGGGCUUUGCGGCCCAAGAGAUGGCCACGGCUGGCACUGCACGUUGGCCACUUCGCCACCCUCUCGAUGUUUCAGCGUCACAUCACCACCCCCUUCUCCGAUGAAACCGGCGGCAAAAUGCGCGCAACGGAUCCAUUCCCGUCGCCUUUUCCUUGUCCCGUGCCCAUCUCGAGUUCGUGAUCGGAAUCCGGAGCUGUUUGGAUCGCAUCCGUGGAGGCAAGCAUGGGUAGCACAGUAAAGGUCCACAAUGUUUCACUUCAAGCCUCGGAAAGAGACAUCAAGGAGUUCUUUUGCUUUUCUGGCAACAUCAUACAUGUCGAAAUGCAAAGUGGUGACCAGCGGUCCCAAUUUGCCUAUAUCACCUUCAAAGAUGAUCAAGAAGCGGAAAGGGCUAUGCUUCUGACAGGUGCGACAAUAGUGGAUAUGGCUGUCAUCAUCACCCCAGCCACCAAUUACCAGCUCCCAGCUGCUGUUUUAGCCGAUCUAGAGUCUAAAACUCCUAGAGUCAUAGAAUCUGCUCUUCAGAAAGCGGAGGAUGUUGUUGGUUCCAUGUUGGCCAAAGGAUAUGUUCUUGGCAAGGAUGCCCUUGAAAAAGCAAAGACCUUUGAUGAAACACAUCAACUCACAACAACCGCAACUGCUAAAGUAUCUUCCAUUGACAAGAGUCUGGGCCUAAGUGAGAAGAUCAGCACUGGCACAUUAGUGGUAAAUGAGAAAAUGAAGGAAAUGGAUGAGAAAUACCAGGUCGCAGAAAAGACAAAGUCAGCAUUGGUAGCUGCAGAACAGACAGUCUCUACUGCUGGUUCUAAGAUCAUGAGUAACAGAUAUAUCCUUACUGGGGCGGCAUGGGUAACUGGGGCCUAUAACAAGGUUGCUACAACUGCAACUGAUACGUACAACAAGGAAAUGAUGAUGGCUGAGCAGGAUGACACAAAGAAGGAUGAACUCAUGAAGAGUCAUUUACAUGAAAGCUGUGAAGAGGCUGGACACGAGAGAAAGCAUCAAGAAGGUGAUCCAGCCAAGGUGCCCAUUGUAGAAAGUACUGAGACAGGCCAAAUGGCUGAUCAGAAGGGUGAAUGUCCAAAGACCAACAUGCCAGAAGGAAGUGAAAGGGGAAUUGAGGAACUAAACAAUCAGGAUGGUGAAAUCGCAAAGGACCAAGGGCAAGAAAACACUGAAAUGGGUCUGGAGGGGGAUAAGCAUCAGCAGACUGAAUUACCUAAGGCCAAUACGCCUGAAAGUCUUCUGAUGGCUGAGCAAACUGAGCAGGAACGUAAGCACCCGGACAGCGAAUUCGCAAACACCCGUACAUCGGACAGCCCUGUAACUAUUCCUGUCUGCACGGCCACUGCUGAUGACAAAUCUAGCAACACCCCAGAAAAGCCUGAGCCUGCCCAGGGAUUCAUCUGAUGAUUUGUUGAUAGUAUGAUUGUAAAUAGGGAUUUGGGAUGCCAAUUAUAGUUUGAUUCAGCCUGUACUGUUGAUUUUGUCAUCCUUCAGACGUCCUUAAAAGUUACUUUGAGACUCAUAAGAGAUUAUAAAAUUAGCACCAUUGUCGUUUGGAUAGUAUUUUCGUGCAGUUGCAACUGAAAUUCCUUGUCUUCUGUAAUUUUUUGAUGCACUCUUUUGUUAUCCGUUUAAGGAAGUGGUGCCAGAAGCUGUACUAUUUGUACAAAUCAGUUAUGGUAUCUGCUUAUUUUCUA